GCGGGCCCGGGCCCUGCGUUCCCUCGGCCGGUCUUUUCCGCCUCCCCCUCCCCGCCCCGGCCGCUCCGGCCGCCGGGGCCUCCCUCCUCCCCGCCCGCCCAUGGAUUUCACAUAGCAGCCGCCGCCUCCGCCGCCUCCUCCUCCUCCGCCGCCGCUCCAUGGCGGCUCCGGCUCCGCGGCCGCCCGGCCUGUGCUGCUGCCGCAAGGGUUCCGCGGCCGGGCCGGAGGCGCCGCCGGCCCCGCCGCCACCUCCCGAGCCGCCGCCGGACGUGGCAUCGGCGUCCAGCUCGCAGCUCUUCAGCCUGAGGCACCUGCACCUGGGGCUGGAGCUGCGGCCCGAGGCGCGGGCGCUGGCGGGCUGCCUGGUGCUGGAGCUCUGCGCGCUGCGCCCGCAGCCCCGCGCCCUGGUGCUGGACGUGCACCCGGCGCUGCGCGUCCUCUCGGCCGCUUUCCGCCGCGCCGCGGCCGGGGAAGCGCCCUGCGCCUUCGCCUUCUCGCCCGCCGAGGCCGCCGCCGCCCCAGCCCCGCCGCCCCCGCCGCCCUGCCCGCCGCCGCCGCCGCCCUGCGCGCCGCCCUGCGCCGCCAGCCCGCCCGCCACCGCCACCUUCCUCUCGGCGCCCUGCAUCGCCGCCGGACCGCUGCCCCCCGCCGCCCCCCCGGGGGACCCGCCCGCCGGCCCCCCGCCCGCCGCCGCCGAGCCGCCGCCGCCGCUGCCCCUCUUCUCCCAGCCGCCCUGCUCCGCCUGCCCGCUCGGCUUCAGGGUGGACCCCUUCACCGACUACGGCUCGUCCCUCACUGUCUCCCUGCCCGCCGCCCUCCAGCCGCACCAGCCCUUCCAGAUCAUCGUCCGCUACACGACGGCCGACGGCCCUGCCAUCUGGUGGCUGGAUCCAGAGCUGACGUACGGCAAUGCCAAGCCCUUUGUCUUCACACAGGGACAUUCGGUGUGUAACCGCUCCUUCUUCCCCUGCUUUGACACCCCUGCAGUGAAAUGCACCUACUCAGCUACUGUCAAGGCUCCAGCAGGCAUACAGGUGUUGAUGAGUGCCACCCAAAGCUCCUACGUAGAAGAGGAAGGUGUAUAUCAAUUUUACAUGGAAUAUCCAGUUCCUGCCUACCUAGUGGCCCUGGUGGCUGGAGACCUCAUACACGCAGACAUAGGUCCAAGGAGCAGAGUGUGGGCAGAGCCUUGCCUGCUGCCAACAGCCAUCAGCAAGCUUUCUGGCAUUGUUGAACGCUGGUUGACAGCUGCAGAGAGUCUGUAUGGCCCCUAUAUAUGGGGAAGAUAUGACAUUGUUUUUCUUCCUCCAUCCUUCCCUAUUGUUGCCAUGGAAAACCCAUGCCUGACCUUCAUCAUCUCUUCCAUUCUGGAGAGCGAUGAGUUUUUGAUCAUUGACGUCAUUCACGAGGUUGCCCACAGCUGGUUUGGGAACGCGGUCACCAACGCCACGUGGGAGGAGAUGUGGCUGAGUGAGGGCCUGGCCACCUACGCGCAGCGCCGGAUCACCACCGAGACCUAUGGAGCUGCCUUCACAUGUUUGGAGACCGCAUUCCGCCUUGAUGCUCUCCACAGGCAGAUGAAGCUCCUUGGAGAAGACAACCCGGUCAGCAAGCUUCAAGUUAAACUGGAGCCAGGUGUAAAUCCCAGUAAUUUAAUGAACCUCUUCACCUAUGAAAAAGGUUACUGCUUUGUUUACUACCUGUCCCAGCUUUGUGGUGACCCCAGACACUUUGACUCCUUCCUAAGAGCCUACAUUGAGAAGUAUAAAUUUACUAGUGUUGUGGCUCAAGAUCUUCUGGAUUCCUUCCUGAAUUUUUUUCCAGAGCUGAAAGAGCAAUGUGUUGAGAGCAAAGCAGGACUGGAGUUUGAACGUUGGCUCAAUGCUACAGGACCUCCGUUAGCUGAGCCAGACUUAUCUCAGGGAUCCAGUCUGACCAGACCAGUGGAGACACUCUUCAAACUCUGGACCACAGAGCCUCUGGACUCUGUUGCUGCUGCCAGCAGUGUUGACCUCACUAAAUGGAGAACGUUCCAAACUGUGCUUUUCCUGGACAGAUUGCUGGAUGGAUCACCACUGCCACAUGAGGUGAUAAAAAAGCUCUCGGAAUGUUACUCCUCUCAGCUGGACUCCAUGAAUGCAGAAAUCCGUAUCCGCUGGUUGCAGAUUGUAGUCCGAAAUGACUAUUAUCCAGACCUUUACAAAGUCCGUCGCUUCUUGGAAAACCAGAUGUCUCGGAUGUACACAAUUCCACUUUACGAGGACCUUUGCACUGGCACCCUCAAGUCUUUUGCCUUAGAAAUUUUUUACCAGACCCAAAACCAGCUGCACCCCAAUUUGCGGAAAACGAUCCAACAGAUCUUAUCCCAGGGCUUGAAUCCACUUCCUGCCAUAGACACUACAGCAGUCACUACAGAUACACCAGCAAUGGUGCUUGAGGACAAAGUCUCAGAGGCCACAAAUGGUGCCAUUUCACUCAGGGAUGUCAACGUGUCUGCUUAGAUCACCAGUUCACGCCAGCCACGAAGCUUGAAAAUGGGGACAGGAACAGAGGAAGGAUACCAAGUGUUGCCUCCUUUCCCUCAGCCUUGCAGCUGCAGUGUGUUGUAACUGGAUUCCUCUUCCAAAACACAAAGCAAAUGUGCCUUCAAGUAUCCAGCGUGUGAUACUGCCAGGUUUCAGAGAUCUCCGCCAGCUGUGUGAUGAAUAUUUUGAUGCAGUUUUUACUGGGCAGGGACUCUUGGGCUGUUGCUUCUCCAUGGAAAGUUCCCUUUCCUGAGGCUCUUUUGGAUGGUUUCUCCAGAUUUGUUGUUUAGUGGGGGGGGGGAGGGGGGAGGAGGUGUUCUUUUUUUUCUUUUUUUUUUUUUUUUUUCGUCUGAGGCCACUGAGGCAUGUCCUACUUGCUGUGUGAAUGUUGCUGGGGAGUGUGUAUGUGUCAAGCUGUCAUUGUCCUGAUAUUUGGGCUAACGUUCUGCAAAGGAGAGACUCAGGAAUCAUUAGUGGCAGCAAACAUGUUUUCAUGUUAUGCUCCUUCCUGUGACAGAGGUAUUGUGAUUUGGGAGGAAGGGGACUAAUGCUUAAAGAAAAAACUAAUUUUAAAUAGCUUCUGUUCCCCCCUGCCCAUAGGUGGCUAAAUAAUAAUAAUAAUAAUGCUCUUUAUAUAUAUAAAAAAAUAUAUAAAAAAGAACAGGGAAGCAUUAUGAUGGAUUUGGAAUCCUUCUGUAGUUAACCCUACCCUCAGUUUUCCCUUUGCACUCGAUGGGACAAGCAAUAAAGAAAUACAUAGGCUUGAAUUUUCAAAAAAAGUUCAAAUUAGGUUCCCAAAUGCCAUCAGUUCUGGUACUAGCUGGAUGCCUAAAUCUUUUUAACUGUUUUGACAAGUCUAGCUGCAACCUUUUCUAGUAUGUCAGGAUGUGUGGCACAUGCAUCAGAUGCACUCUGUGUGUCUUCUAUUCUGUCCUUUCGGAGGAAUUAACAAGACCUGUAAUUUUUUUAAGAUCCUCAGCAAAUCUUGGCCUGUAAGUCAACCAUGACAAUAUCCAUGCUAAGAUUUUACUGCCCUGAAUAAUGUUUGCCUGAAUAACAGUUGCCCUAUCAUACAAUAGUCUGAGGGAAGCACCACCUUUCUUGAUGUGAAACUUUUAAGUCCCGCUUUACCUGAGUCUGUUUUCUGACUUAUGGUGGGAGUAAGGUGCCAUUUCAUUUCCCUGGUGUGUUGUUUCUCUGGAUCACUGGCCAGCCAUGCAGGAUGGGGAGACACUGUCUUCCUUCUGUGCUGUUCGGUCUCAGGAAGCCGAGGGCAAAGUGUCCUGAGGUAUUGCAGAGUACAGGCGAUGAUGGUUCUUAGACUCUGUGCCACAAACUUCUUAACAUGUGAGUAUCCUUGUGCUCUCUUUGAGCUCCCACAAGGCAUCUCUGAGCUGAUGCAUCACCAGGAUAGUAUGAAUAAAAGGCAAAACAUUUGGAAGAGGCUCAGCUAACAGAGAUGUGAGAGAGAAAUUGUUUUAUACUUCAGGGCAAAUUUUAGCCCUGCUAUGGGGAUCUGCAUAGACAGGAAGAAGGGGAAAUCUGGGAGGGUUUUUUUUUCUUCACCAAAAGUAUCUGUUUACACCCAUGUGUGGAUGGGGACUUAGGUGCUGUUACUGGAUCUGCAUUUUCUGGCUUUAAAUUAAUUUGGAUUUCACCAUAGCCUUAGCCUGGGCUGAACUGGGAUAAAGCAAUAAUAAACUCAGGCCUCUGUAGUGCUUCAUUAGUUUUAAAAAUGGGCCAUCAGCAUUGCUGGGCUUCAGAACUCCAAGCUCUGCUCUUUGCUCCUUGAAUGGGAUUAUCUUUUAAAUUCUGUUUUGUUUUCCCAGAAAGGAUGGAGAAUGAUGUUUUCUGCACAAAUCUCUUUCCUUUUCAUUUGUUGUUCUAUUGAAAGAGAUUUGUACAAGCUGACUUUACACUUCCGGAGUUGCCGCUGUUGGUGCUGCAUCUCCUGGACCCCACUGCCAGCAGCGGCAGCCUGGUCGAGACCAGGAACCACUAGCGUUUUUUGGAAUCACAGGCCUCUGUUUUAACACGUUUUAUUUAGUGGGAGAAUGUUUGUGACCCUGGUGGGAAUUUUUCAUUUACAUGGAUGCCUUAUGAUGAUUGUCAAAUUAAACUAAGCUUUGUGACAA